AUGGGGGGAUUGGCGGCCGCCGAGAACACGGACGAAAACCAGCGCGUGAGCAGCCGCUUGGGCAAGCUGUGGCGUUCUCUCAGCACCCCCAACAAGGAGCCGUACCAGCGCAAGGCGGCCGAAGCUGCCGCUGUCCACCGAAGAAAGUACGCGGACUUCGUGUACAAUGCGCGUGAGACCCGCCGGCGCAAGCAACAGGAGCACAGCGCCAAGGAGGUGUCCGGCGAGCUCGAUAACGACAGUUCCGGGAACCAUGAGCAGCAGCCGAGUACUUACAUGGCCGCGGCCCAGGGUCGAUACACCACGUUGUUCCAGCAGCAACAUCAUCCACCGUCGACGCAAAGGAACAUAUGCCAUGUAACCAAUCAGCGCGUGAGCAGCCGCCUGGGCAAGCUGUGGCGUCCUCUCAGCGCCACCAGCAAGGCGCGGUAUACCAGCGCAAGUCUUCGUAUGCCGGGGAGGGAACACUGGUCCCUAGGAUGA